UCUGGCCAGCAUUUGCACAGAGCUUCAUCUGCCAACUGGUACAGCCCAAAGCCAAGGGGAGCGGAUGUCUCCCCUGACCAGAGGGGCCUUUCCCCUGCUCAAAGGCCUUCCCCCAGGGGUGAAUGGGGCUGAUCUGCUUUAUCUCAAGGCAGCUUCAGUUCUGAGCCCACCUUGAACUCGAACGAGAGGAUCAUUUAUGCUGACUGAUCAGAAAGCAAUGUGGGCUGGCUUCCAUCUCCAGGGCGCACUCUGGGGAGUUUGCAGUCCGGAGUCGAGUCAUCAUUUUCAGGUCUGAAUACCACACAGACACUGGACAACUUUAGGAAACGAACGUUGACCUCCAGUUGGAUUGCUCACCAGCUUAAGGCAUUAAUUCAGUGAAACUAAAAUGUGGAUAAAUAUUUCAAGGCUCUUGGCUGGGAAGGAGGCUGCCUUGCUCAAUUAGAAAGUUGGAGACACCUGGUGCAUUUGGGGGGCGACACGUUUUUACAACUUGCAAAUUAGAAAAGGGGGGCGGGGAAAGAGGGGGCGUGAACGCACUCAGCCAUCUUCCGAAAGCCAUAUACCAAGCCAACAGUUCCGACAUAGAGUCCAAGGGGCCUGCCUCACCCUCCCCCCAUCCCCUCCCCAUUCCACCCACGCAGGCACAAGGAGGAAACAGGACCAACUGCCUUACAGGUCUCAAAGAAGGUUGAGGAUUUAUUUUUCAGAACUGCCUUUACCAGUGAGCACAAAGCCACAUUUCAAAGGAGACUGACAAAUUAUCCCCAGCUGCCAGAAGGAGAACUCCUCACCAGACAGCUUCCUGUUUCCUGAGAGUCAUUACCUGGUCCGCUACCGGGAUGAAAGUUUUCAAGUUGAUAGGAGGGCUAGUCUUCCUCACCUCUGUGUUUUCGGCCUGUUCCGGACAAAAUCCGAUGACUGUUCUGUGCUCCAUAGACUGGUUCAUAGUCACCGUACACCCCUUCAUGUUGAACAACGACGUAUAUGUGCACUUUCAUGAGUUGCACUUGGGACUGGGUUGCCCUGCCAACCAUGUUCAGCCCCAUGCCUACCAGUUCACCUACCGUGUGACGGAAUGUGGCAUCAGGGCCAAGGCUGUCUCUCAGGACAUGGUUCUCUACAACACCGAGCUGCACUAUGCUUCCAAGCAUACGUCGUCUAAGUACGUGAUCCCAGUGUCCUGCGCUGCCCCGCAACGUUCCCCGUGGCUCACGAUGCCCUGCGCCAGGAAACCAGCCAGCGAAGGAGCCAUCACAACCCGGGAUGGUGAGACGUGCUACGACGUGUUCACCUCGUCACAGUCCAGCCGAAGGCCCAACUGUGACUGUCCGCCUUGUGUCCUCAACGAAGAAGGGCAGACCCGGGGCCCACAUCACCAAGCAGAGGCUCAGGAGGCCCAUCCCGUGCAGUUUUCUUCCUUUGUUAAUACUCCUGAGAACUGGUCUCUUCGCCUGGAUGAUCAGAUUGCGUCCAUGUGAUCCCUAGGUUUGGGGUCUCCAGUUGAUGCUCUUUCUAAAAUUGGUAUAUAAUAUUUACUAAUAUGAGACAAAUAAGUGCUCUUGUGGCCCUCUUAUGCGUGCUUUUGAGAAAGAGCAGCCCGUGGUAAUUUCAUGAACAAAGUUUUUUUCUAUUUUUGUAUCUUUUUUUUUUUCCCCCAUUUUUGGCCAUGCCACCCAGCAUGUGGGAUCUUAGCUCCCUGACCAGGGAUCGAACCCGCGCCCCCUGCAGUGGAAGCUUGAAGUCUUAACCACUGGACUGCCAGGGAAGUCCUGUAUCUUUAUUAAGAGAAAAAAUAA